UAUUGGACAGAGAGCUGUAAUUGAGCCUGAACCUUUGGUGUUCUGCCCCCACACAACACACCGCCGUGACCUCGGUAGGGGGACGUGCUGCACGCGGCCCUCACCCUUUAAACUUGCUCGCCCCGCCCUCCGGCGCGUCACCGGCUGGCUGGCUAGUAUCUGGCGGUGUGGUGCGUGCGGUCGGACUGUGGUUGUGUUUCAGGUCUCGCCGCGUUGAUAACGACAUAUUUCGGGCGCAGUUUCGCCGCGUAGCGAUGGGAAUUCCGAAACCAUGGCUCUAAUACGGAUCGCUGUAACACUGGUCGCCCUGCUCGGGUCGGCGGCCGUCGGUGACGCUUUACGUUGUAACUGCACAAACUGUAAGACGGGCUCUGAGUGCGAGACGGAUGGCGCCUGCAUGGCCUCGAUUUACUACGACAAGGGGAAGGAGGAGCAUGUUCGCAUGUGCAUCAAGCGCAAUGACCUGGUACCCCCCGGACAGCCGUUCUACUGCCUGAGUGCUGAAGGACUGAUGAACACUCACUGCUGCUACCAGGAUUACUGCAACAGCAUUGACCUGCAAGUUCCAGUUCCAAGAACGGCCGGCGACUGGACAGAAACGGGGAGCAGCUGGGGUCCAGUGGAGCUGGUGGCGGUCAUCGCAGGGCCCGUGUUUCUGCUCUGUGUGCUGCUGAUGGUCGGCGUGUUCCUGUUCCAGUACCACCAGAGAGCCUACAGUCACCGACAGAGGCUGGAGGUGGAGGACCCCUCCUGUGACCACCUGUAUUUGGCUAAAGACAAGACCCUGCAGGACCUCAUCUAUGACAUGUCCACCUCAGGAUCCGGCUCUGGCCUGCCUCUGUUUGUGCAGCGGACGGUCGCCAGGACCAUCGUGCUGCAGGAAAUCAUCGGGAAGGGUCGCUUUGGUGAGGUAUGGCGAGGAAAGUGGAGAGGAGGAGACGUGGCGGUGAAGAUCUUCUCAUCCAGAGAGGAGCGCUCCUGGUUCCGAGAGGCUGAAAUCUACCAGACAAUCAUGCUUCGGCACGAAAACAUUCUAGGAUUUAUAGCAGCAGACAACAAAGACAACGGGACGUGGACGCAGCUCUGGCUGGUGUCGGACUACCACGAGCACGGCUCCCUGUUCGACUACCUGAACCGCUACUCCGUCAGCAUCGAAAGCAUGAUCAAACUUGCACUUUCAGCUGCAAGCGGCCUGGCACAUCUACAUAUGGAAAUCCUCGGCACUCAGGGUAAGCCAGGCAUCGCUCACCGUGACCUCAAGUCUAAAAAUAUUCUGGUUAAGAAGAAUGGCACGUGUGCUAUAGCUGACCUCGGACUGGCAGUCCGCCACGAGUCCAUCACAGACACAAUCGAUAUAGCUCCCAACCAGCGUGUGGGCACUAAGAGGUACAUGGCUCCAGAAGUCCUGGAUGAAACAAUCAAUAUGAAACACUUUGAUUCCUUCAAGUGUGCCGACAUUUAUGCACUGGGGCUGGUGUACUGGGAGAUUGCUCGUCGCUGCAAUGCAGGAGGAAUCCACGAUGAGUACCAGCUGCCCUACUAUGACCUGGUUCCGUCUGAUCCAUCCAUAGAGGAGAUGAGGAAGGUCGUGUGUGACCAGAAACUGAGGCCCAGUAUUCCUAACUGGUGGCAGAGCUAUGAGUCUCUGCGUGUGAUGGGGAAGAUCAUGCGAGAGUGCUGGUAUGCCAACGGCGCCGCCCGGCUGACCGCUCUGCGCAUCAAGAAGACUCUGUCUCAGCUCAGUGUGGAGGAGGACGUCAAAAUGUGAGCAGCCCAGGAAACGGAGAAGAUGCGCCGGAGACGUGCAACUCGACCACCCUCGUUUAGGAAACAAACACUAAAGACUGACUGCAAACGAAAACCCUGCCAGUUUUAAAGCCACACUCCAAGUUGUGACAAGGCCUACCUCACCUUUCUAGCCAAAACUACUGAAAACCCUCCCCAUCCCCGUGACAUCUCUCCCUUUGCUCCUCGUGUCUCCUCCCCUUAAACCUCCUCCUCCUCCACAGGCCACUUCAGCACUACCACUGUUAAUAUCAUGAGUGUUUUCAUUUCCCAGGGCAGAAAUUCCUACUACUACUGUACAGGAUCUGGACUCUUGUUCUCCAACAGAAGUUAGGUGUGAUGCGGGUUUGAGGUCAAACAUUACCCACUGCUGCAGCAUCGUACAGUUGCUGUGAGUGUGGCGGCAGGAAGAGGCUGAAGCACUGUUUCUAUCGGUGUCCGAACUACCAGCACGUCGUCUGGUGUCGGCUGGAGUUCGGCAGGCAAACGUCUGUAAUUUGGAAAUCCAGAUUCUUCUUUGGAACCCCCCCUCUGGCGGAUGGAGAAACGAGUUGCACUCAACUGUAGCUUCCUGGCACGCGAGACCGGCAGGUUUCAACGGAUGUGCUCCAGUCUCGGGUUCUUUUUUGUGGCAGGGAUGAUGAUGAUGAUGAUGAUGUUUGGGAUGAUUUCAUUUCUAUUUAUUUGUUUGUAGACUAUAUUUCUUAUUGAUGAACACUGUGAGAUGAGAUGCUACAAAACCAGAGUCUAGCUGUAAAGUGGGGCGUUGUAGUUCAGUCCAAGUCUUCAGCUCCUUUCAGAUCUUCGGUGAAAGGGGUCUCUGCAUUCAUUUUGUGAGAGAACGGUGAAUGUAGCCGGAAGCCCACAAGGCGGCAGGCGGCGCUGUUGUGCACACGGAGCAAAUAAACGGGGUGAAAUAGCAAAGAAAAAUACUGUUUUGUUGUGUUAAGUAUAGCUUUGAAUUGUUAUCUGGACAGUGUGAUGGGUUUCCUUCAAACUUUGACAUUAGACACUACUGACGAUGGGUACAUUUGAUUUGUAUAUAAAACUUUAUUUCCUUUUAUGCCUCAUGCUCCAGUCUGACCAUUAAUUUCAUUUUCUGUUUUAUUUGUGUGUUGAACGGUACUCAUUGUAAUCCUUGGACAUGUGCUGGGAAACCUUUUACCUGCUGGGGUUUGUUUGUGUUGAUUUCCCUCCUCUCAUGUCAGAAAUGUUGGUACUACUGAUCCGUGCAGCUCCUCUCCUGCACGUCCUGCGAGGUGACGUCUUCUCAAAACACUGGAAUACAAGAGCAUCACAGAGACCUCCGUCUGGAACGCGUUCGUCCGGAACGUGUUACCAACUUAUGCAUUGAAAGACUGACGCGCUGCAAAGUGAAACUGCAUGUUUUCUUUUGGUUCAAACCUCUGCAGUCCCUCAGUUUGCAGAGCAGACUCUUGAAAGUAUUACACUGAUGUGUCACCUUUGGGCUCCGCACUGUUCCGACCUCGAGGGCGGUAGAUCCCGGCGCCGUCGCUCCAUCCAGAACCCGCGUGUCCCGGUUUUAGCGCCCGUUUUGCAUGCUGUAUCAAACACUGGGUCCUCCAUUGUCGUU